ACUCACACGGCCUGAAGGAAACCGGAAGGGACGACCUGGUUCGACUAAAAACCGACCCUGGACAAAACUGGAGUUAUUUCGUUACGGACACAUUUCGUACUGGAAGUUUUCGUGUGCUGUCGUGACUAGCCCAUAUUUACCCCAACCCGCCUGUACUUCGCCCUACAGAAGAACUGUUCCUAAGAAGAGAAAAAAACAACUUAAGACAAUAAAAAAAUACAUAAGAAAGAACAAACAAGGGAGGUAAUAUCGAGGACCUCAACCAAGGGAAAUAAUCUCGUGUCUAGCAGACGUGUAUGGGGAGUCUAGUCAUGGACGACGCUGACCUUAUUGCUAAGAUUGGGAGAAAAAGGUACCGCCGCCGUCUAGAGAGAGACCGUUACUUCACUCAGGCCAUCGACCCGUCCAGUCUUUCGUCCCCCAGUCCCCCACCCCCCACCGUCUGCAGCAACAUGUCCACCACCGCUGCAGGCAACAAGCUCGCACAGGAGAUCCACGAGGAGUUCCUCACCUGCAAGAUCUGUCUGGAAGGUUUUAAGUCGCCCAAAUGCCUUGACUGUCUGCACACGUUUUGUGAGCAAUGCAUUGACAACCACGUGCUGAAUGAGUGCACCUACAAGAAGUACUCUGACUACAGAGAGUUCACAUGCCCCCUAUGCCGCAAACGUACCCAGCUGCCCAUCGGCGGUGUCAAGAAGCUGCCGGACAACUUCCUGGUGUCCAGUCUGGGGGAGGUGGUGGCCCGUCAGAAGCCCAGCAAGUUUCCGUUCUGCGACAUCUGCAAGUUGGUCAACAGGAAGCAUAGAGAGGCGACCAGCAAGUGUAUCGACUGCAACAAGCUGCUGUGUAAGCAAUGUGUGGACAUGCACAAGGAGACAAAGGUGACACAGAACCACAGCCUGUUUGACGUAGAGAUCGAGAAAGACAUCGAGUGCAAGGAGCAUCAGGACGAGGUGGUCAGGUUUUAUUGCGAGCCGUGCCAGACUUGCAUCUGUGUGCUGUGCACGUUUAAUGAGCACAAGGACCACGAGAUAACACAGUUCAAUGAGGCAGUCAGCAAGUACAAAGAGAACAUUCAGGACCUGCUGGGCAGCUGUAAGGGCAAGAUCGACAUCUACGACAGGCAGCUGGCUUUGUUGAACAAGUGUGAGGGUGUCAUUAAGUCCGCCGAACAAAGAAUCCGCGACGCGGCCAUCCAGUUCAUCGCGGAGGUCCGCAACAAAGAGAAGCUUCUCAUCGAGGAGCUGCACGACAUGUACGGCGCCGAGCUCAUGACCUACGUCAGCCGUAAGAACGAGAUGCAGAACAACCUGGACGGCUUGAAGAGCACGUGCAGCCUGACGGAGCUCGUGCUGAAGGGCAAGGACAUUGAGCUGCUCCUGCUGAAAAAACAAGUCCAGGAGAAGCUCUCGGCAAUGGCCAAUGUGGAACUCAAAGACCUGCCACGGACUGUGGGGAAACAGAUUUGUUUCGUUGCUGGGAGUGUUGAUUUUGGUAAACUCGAUGACCCCGACGCGCCGAUUGAUAAGAAGAAGGAGCUACAGAGGGAAAGGGAAGCGAUAGAGGACAGUCAGAGGCUGACUUUACCGAACAUGGUUUUUGGGCAGAAAGGAUUUGAUCGAGAUAUAAUCAAAGAGGUGAAAAAGGUGAUUCCUAAACGAACCAUUGAGACACAGACGGAAGUCAUGCAGGAGAAGCCGAUCGCGAAAGCCGUUUUGGUGAACAGGUGUAUACAGACAGAGUACCCGGAGAGGUACGAUCGGGAAGAGUCUUCGGCCAGCAGCAGCCGAGGGUCUUUCGGUCUCGAGACCCGCGGCACCGGAACUGACGUCAUCACGACGCUGGAAAAAGCCGUCAACACCCCGACCAGGAGCCUGUGUCACAUGUCCAGCCAAGCCCAGGGAACAGACUCCCCCAGAGAGGAGUCGCCAGCGUCUUUCGGAGACGGCAGCGCCGACGCCGCGGCCUUGCGACGACAGAGGCGUCGCCGCGAGAGGAAGGCUUUGGAGGUGUCGGUGCGCCCGACGACGUCCUACCGGCAGCCGGCGGAGGGGUCCGACAACGACAUUGAGAGUUACCUGGAUGGGCUGUCGGUCCGGAGACCUUACUUGGACACCGGUUACGUCAAGAGAUCCCUAUAGUCCAGUGGUUCUCAGAUAGUUGGGCUAGCUGCUAGUUUUAUGCAAGUAGAUAUUAGAGGCCUUUGGGGUUGAGAUAAUACAAAUAUAUCAAACAGUUAAUACCCUCAAGAGCCAAACGCAAAUAGGGCUGGUAAGUAGGUCACCAACCAGUUCUACGGCUCAAUAAAACCUGCAUAAACCAUAGAACUGAUUGGUCACCUACUUACCAGCCCUAUUACGAUGUUUUCGAAAGCAGAUUUUCGAAAUAAUAAGAAAUAAUUCAUUUAAUAUUAAGCAAUAUUGAUAAAAUAAAACAGUUAUUAUUUAUUCUUUCGAAGACCUGAGGUUUAAGCGCGAUCUAUUUUACGAUUGUUUCUUGGCGUUUUAAAAAAAAACUUGCAUUUAAACUUUACUACACUUUUUAAAUAGAAAUGUGCAAUACACUUUUUCUUUUUGAAAAAGGACAUUAAAAUAUGUAUAUAUACUUUUACUUUUGUAUAGUUUUAAAGCUAGAACCGACCUAAUUUGAGAUCCCCUGGAUUUAGUGCUUGUGUAUUAUUUUGUUAGUUAGCACUUUGAGAUAGGUACAGGUGCAAGUCUAGAUUAAUCCUUGGUUUAGUAACAAUAUAUGUCAUUAAUUAACUAGCGUCUGCUACAAGAGCUUUUAUACCAAGGUACAUCUACUGUAGUAAUAAAUAAAUGUAUCAUAGCAUUCAUGCAUUCUUGUCUCAACGACAAUUCUUAAAAUGCAUCUUAUAAAAUAUACAUAGAAGGAUAUAACAAUCCGAUUCAUUGCUUUUUUAAAAUUAAAAAGUAGUGUUACAAAGUGCGUGUUCCGUCCAUUUUUUUCAACCCAUUGUAUCAUUCAGAUUACGAGGUAAGGGAAAAAACUCUGUUUUAUGCUAGGAGAUAGAUAUUUUAAACAAAUAAAACAUUAGACGACUACUAAUUGAAGAAAUCAAAAAGAUUAUUGCGUAAUCUUCCAAGGAUUAUAUAAGUAUAUAAUUUGAAUGCAUUAAAAAUAGUUUUUCAAAGAUAAUGAAUAAAAACUGAUAUUUUGUUUGCAAUGAAGAGAGCUUUUUCUUUUAAUAACUGAGGUGUAUACUUAAUGUUCAAACAGAAUGCACUCUAAUUAUAUAUCUAGUUCUUAAAAUGAGGCCUAUAUUUUUAAACUAGCUAAAUUUGCAAAACGGCAUAUCUUAAUUUGUUUAAAACAUUUACAUUGAAAAUCAUUUGAUUAAUUUUUUUUGGUUUUUAAAAUAAUGGCCAUGUAAUGAAAAUCAAACAAUCAAAUGCUAAACCUUUUGGUUAAUAAAAGUUAAGCAUGGUAAAGAACAGCAAAUUUUUCUGUAAAAAAAAAAACAACAGAUAGGUUUUGAUGUAAUUAUUUAAAAUUUUCGAAAUGUACAUAGAGUAUCCAAAUUCUCUAAAUUUAAUGGCCCAUGGCAUUUUUUUCUGUCUUGUAAAUGGGACUACUGAGAAUGACGUCAUUAUCAGUUGUGCAUCUGCUUUUUAUGACGAAGUUUCAAGUGCUUUCAAGACGUGCAAUAUUCUAUGUAGCGGCAUUCCUACAUUAGGCUAAGCUUUUCGAAGUGUUCUGAGUUUUUUUUUAAUUUAUGAUGAAAAUUUGUAUUUUUUAAAACUAAUUUUUUUUUAUUGUAAAUCAAAGCGUAUGUAAGACCAUUUGACAAACCUGAUUUCAAAUUUAGAUUUUUUUUUAAAAAAAGAAGAAAAAUGCAAUAUUUAUAUUCACUUAUAGCAUAGUUAGCCUAUGUAUACAUAACGAAAUGGUUUCUGAAUUCUGAAUAUUGGAUUUUUUAAAAGAAAUAUUUUAUAUAUUCGUGUAAAGCAUAGCCUGUGUAUACCUGACAACUAUCCGCUGUCAGCACUGAAAAACCUAUAACCAUCAUUCAGCCAAUAUACCGCGUACCCACACCACCAUUAUCACAUAUCUGAUUCAUUAUGUUGAAGUUGAUCGCAUUCUUUUAAAAAUUCCAAAAGUAUUUUUGUUGCAAGGUGAAAUAAAACUGUCAAACUUUUCUUUUUUGAAUAACAAUGAUUUUUUUCUUCAAAAUAAGCAUUGUUUUCUAUUGUGUUUACAAAAAAUAUUUAAAACUAAAAUUUUGAAUAAUUAUGUUUUACAUUUACAUUUUUAGAUGAAAUAUUUCAUUGUAAUCAUAAUUAUUUUGUAAAUUGAGUUUGAAAUUAUGAUUUAAAACUGCAAUGAAUAUAAAUUUCGUUCUCGUAUGGUCUAUUCACAAACGAGGAAAAGCUUUAAAUUUUUUUUUAUAAAAAGCUGUACAUGUUGAAAGAAAAGAAAAUUGAAAAAGUUUUUUACGAGAACAAACUGUAAAAAUGUGUCAUUCAACUGAGUCUUUAGUUAUGUAAACUUUAGUUCUGAUCUGAGUAAAAUCGAUUACUGUAGACA